AAAGAGAAGAGAAAUUAACAGUGAAGGUCUCAGGCUGUCUGAAGACCCCCCUCCACCCUGCCUGGCUCUCGCUGUCUGUUAAGCAAAAGUCUCUGCACAUCUGGGAGUUACACGUACAUGUGUGUGUGCUGUAUUCUUUGACCAGAGGCCGUCAUGCUUUGGACAGUGCUGCUGGCGCUGCUGGUUCUCCUCUUGCUGCAGACUCAGCUGUAUGUGUGCUUACGGGAGUUACGCGCUGGGGGAUCUGGCUCUCCAUACCGCUCACCGACACGGUCAUCUUCUUCCUCCUCCUCCCCUUCCUUGAAUGCCACCCAGCAGCGGCUACCUGGCGCCAUUAUUAUUGGUGUCCGUAAAGGUGGCACAAGGGCUCUUUUGGAGAUGCUCAAUCUGCACCCAGAUGUAGAAGUGGCAAAAGCUGAGGUGCACUUCUUUAAUGUGGAAGAUCACUACCAGCGGGGAUUAACUUGGUACCGUGCCCAGAUGCCCUUCACUCUGCCGAGUCAAGUGACGGUGGAAAAGACCCCUGGCUACUUCGCCGCUCCCCACGUCCCUGCACGGAUCUGGGACAUGAACCCUUCGGUUCGCCUACUGCUCAUCGUCCGUGACCCUGCCGAGAGGCUGGUCUCAGACUACACCCAGGUCCUCCACAACCGCCUAACCCAACACAAGUCCUACCAGCCUCUGGAGGAGCUCCUCCUCCGCAAGGGCCGCAUCGACCCCUGCUACAAAGCGCUGCAGAGAAGCCUGUACCACCAGCACCUGGCGCGCUGGCUGGAGGUCUUCCCCAGGGAACAGAUCCAUGUGGUGGAUGGGGACGCGCUGAUCCGAGACCCAUUCCCGGAGCUACGAAAGGCAGAGAGGUUCCUGGAUCUGCCACCCUGGAUCAGCCCCAACAACUUUUACUAUAACACCACCAAGGGCUUUUACUGCCUCCUAUCUGCCGGGCAUGAUAAGUGCUUAGACGAGUCCAAGGGCAGGCUGCAUGCACCGCUCAGCACCCAGGCCUUUAGGAAGUUGUGCCACUACUUCAGGGAACCUAACAAACUGUUUUUUGACAUGGUGGGCAGGUCCUUUUCCUGGUGCUGACUGGAUGUGAAACAUGGAAUUGAGUGGAUGGGAGGUGUUGGCCGAGGUGAACGCCUUUCCUGAAUGACACCAACACAGAGGGCUCAAGGCCGGGAGAGAGAGGCUGCCGAGUACGGAACACUUUUACAUGUGCGUCAUCGUUGGGUUGGUGGUUAGACCAAAUCAAAGGAUAUCCAUCAUCGGCAAUGCAGUCUCAGGCAUGAAUGUGGUUGAUGAAAAAAUCCCAAGGGGGACAGAGUCCAAACGCUUGGGUUCCUCAAUAUUUGUAGAGUUGUCAAUGUGCAAGCUUCUGGCCAGUACAGACCCUCACAACAAACAUACCGGUGCCUCGGUGGACAACUGAAAAGUACGGCUGACCCUGAUACGAAAGGUGGCUUUGAAGCAACAUCUGUGCUACUCCUGUGCCACAUACACGUCUUAAACAAUCAGAAGAAAAAUGAAAAAAGAACUUUUUGUUGGCAUUAGGACACUGAAGUAGAAAAAGAGGAACGGCCGAUGCGAGAUCCGAUGACUUGUUGCACUAUGAACUUCAUGCUUAACAGCACAGAAGGUCAAUCCAUGUCCACUGCCACCAUACGUAUAUGAAUGAUCUCCUACAGGAACCAACCCUGACAUCAACUGGUUAACUACUGUUAGAAUAAGCAUGUUAGGAAAAAAAAUGCUUUUGUUAUGCUUGGUCAUCCUAGUUCCUCUUUUUGUUGUUCACCUAGCCUGAUAUUUGCUGAUAUUUCAGAUGUUUGAUAGAAAUCUUUUUUUUUUUUUGGUCUACUGAAAUAAGCUACUUUAAAAACUUGUUUUUUUUUGUUGGUUUUACUUUACAUCAAAGAUACAUGUGAAAUACUGCUGGUGUGUUUUCUAAGAUUUCCUUCAAAUAAAUGUCCUCCGACU